CCGGCAUAGUUACCUGCGACCUCUCUCGUGUUCCUCUCUGACCUGCCUCGUCCUGCUGUCCAGUGAUAUAGUCUCAGUAUGAUUGUGUUGGCCUUGAUCGCGAUGGCUGCUGGCGUGUGCGUGGGAGCUCCGCAAGGCGCUUUCAACAUUCCUGUACCCGGCGUUCCUUCAGGUCUUUACGGUCUGCCCAACGCCGGCGGGGCCUCCUCCAGUGGGUCCACCUCGUCGGAACAAGGCAUCCGGGUGGUCGCAUCUCAGUUGAAUCCUCAGCCUGCCCCGCCUCUGCCCCGCACCGCCUCCUGCGCCCACUGCUCCGCCCACGACCACCACCUACGCACCGCCCAUGCCAUACCAGUUCUCCUACAACAUCAUGAACGGAAUCUCCUCGGUCUACUCCUCGAGGACGGAGGAGCAGCUGGAGGACGGCCCACUCGUCGGGAGCUACUCGUACCUGCGUCCCGAUGGCGUCUACAUGACCGUCAUGUACACGGCCGACGAGAACGGCUACCGCGCUGAAGUGAAGGAGAGCCUCGAGGCACCGCAGGACCUCCAGGCCGUCGAGGACAACCGCGCCAAGUACGAGGUGAGCCUACCCGGAGCCGAGACGUACCUGGUGGACGUGACCGACGACGAGCUCCGCGAGUACAUCCUCCAGGCGGCGGCUUUCGAGGCCUCGCAGGUCCAGGCGACGACCCUUCCACCCCAGUCGCAGUCCCUCUCGCAGACUCAGAGCCUAUCCCAGUCCCAGUUCUCCUCGCAGACCCAAACGCAGCCCCAGACGCAGGCCCAGGGCUCCACCUCCAGCACCGGCUCCACCUCGCAGACCUCCAGCUCGAGCACGAACCAGACGCCGCCGGUGAGGGGUGCUCCGUCCUCCGCGGGAUACAACUACCCCCAGCCUUCAAUUCCCUUCGGGUUCUCCCAACGCUAAUUCCCCUUCUUCCCCUGCCCCUUAAUCCCUCUUCUCCCACUGUCUCUCCUAAACAAAGUUCCUUCUCGUCACAGAGAGAGGUGAUGACCAACGGCAUCUUAUGAACCUCUUGUGUAUUUGUAUAUUUUUGAUCUCACGGUUUUGUAUUUCGUUAUGGAAUAAAAUAUCCAUUACGUGAAUAAACUUUCCAAU